AUGAAUACGCCAACCCAGUAUGUCAACAUCGUCUACUUCAAUGAAGAUAGCUCGAAGCUGGACAACUAUGAGAGGUUCCGCACCCGUUACGUGCGGACCUGGGGGCAUCUAUUGAACGAGCAUGGACUGUACUGGGGUCGGGAAGUCGGGAAGCACGAGCGGUUAUGGUCCAUAGCUUUUUUAAAAGACGAGCAUAGUCAGGACGACCUGCAGAGAAGUCCGGAGUACCAAUCAUGGCUAACCGAUACCAACACCGCGAUGCCAGUCAAACUUUUGAACGUCCCAGUACGAGGCUCGAGGCCGAUGCAUGAAGUGCUAGAAGCCGGCGUGGUGAUUCUGGGAUACUACAAGCUGGCCGCUCAUCGAAACGCCGAUCGGUUUGAAGAGCUAGCGCAACGCUUCUUGACCGAAAUAGACAUGCCGGGCUUCCAUGGAGGGGCGUACAUCUCACCUACCGGCCUCGGAGGAGACGCCAUUACGUUCGGUGCUUGGGAUAGUAUUCAGGCGUGUACGCAAUUGGGAACCGAUGGACGACACACCGAGCUGCUGUCACAAAUGAACGAGGCAUUCGACGCCACAGCCCGCACCUUCAUCACAUUUGUGAAGUUCCAGAAGCACGUAAUAGCAUGA